UCUAAUGCCGCCACGCUAAAGACGAGGGGAGGCGGCGCGGACAGUCAAACCGCUCCCCGCGCCGAGUUUUAUUCCCUCUUGCCGCUCCACCACCCACUCUCGCCAGUUCCCCCCUUUUUAACACCCCCCACCCCCCCGGCUAAGUCCCUCCCCCCUCUCCCACCCAAUUCUAGACGCCACUCAUCCCCGCGCGUCUUCAACAGAAGAAAGAACAAGGCCAUGGCGCCGAGAAAGUCGGAGAAAACGAUGCAGCCGGCGGCCGCUGCGACCGGGCUUGCGCUUAGCGUAGGCAGCGGGGCCGCCGGCUCGCACUACAGGGGCGUUAGGAAGCGGCCGUGGGGCCGGUACGCGGCGGAGAUCCGCGACCCGGCCAAGAAGAGCCGGGUGUGGCUCGGCACGUUCGACACUGCCGAGGAGGCCGCGCGGGCUUAUGACGCUGCCGCACGCGCGUACCGCGGCGCCAAGGCCAAGACCAACUUCCCCUUCCCUUCUUCCAUGCCUCCCGCCGCCGCCGUCACCGGCGGCAGCCGGAGCAGCAACAGCAGCACCAUCGAGUCCUUCGGCGGUGACGUGCAGGCGCCCAUGCAGGCCAUGCCGCUCCCGCCGUCGCUCGAGUUCGACCUGUUCCACCGCGCGGCGGCCGCGGGCGCCGGCGCCGUGCGCUUCCCUUUCAACAGCUACCCGGUGACGCACCCGUUCUAUUUCUUCGGACAGGCUGCGGCGGCUGCCGCGGCCGCAGGGUGCCACAUGCUCAAGCUGGCGCCGACUGUCACCGUGGCGGCCGUUGCGCAGAGCGACUCCGACUCCUCGUCGGUCGUGGAUCUGGCUCCCUCGCCGCCCGCCGUGUCGGUAAAGCAGCCCAUCGCGUUUGAUCUUGACCUGAACUGUCCUCCGCCGGCGGAGGCUUAGUCGCCUAUGACUUGCCAGUAGUUUCUCUCUUAGGCCCUCUUGCUUAACAGAGGGAGGAUGUUUUUGUAAAUAGUUUUUGCGCCGGGGACUUAGCUUUAGAAGGCGGUAUUGUCACCCCAAGACAGGUCCUGCCGGCGUUGUUAUGACCGGAUUAUAUUAUAUAUUUUGCUAGUCAUGAGAAAGGGCUUAGAAAUCCAAAAAAAGAACUAUUUAUUUCUUGUU